UCUUUAAAAAUAUGAUCAACAACACUAAGUCAAUAACCCAUGCCAUCACAACACAUCAUCAUCGUCUUCCAGUUGGUUCAGAAGGAAUCGAUUUGUCGGGCGAGCUGCAUUUUAAUCCGCUUCCUCUCGCAAUAGGCCAAUUGCAUAUAUUUCUUUCACCGGACAGCACAGCGGUGGUUGACAACGACUAUUCAACUUGAAUGUUAGUAGUAGUAUAAUCUGCCAGAAGAAUUCAAGUUCGACCAUGGGCAUACCUACGCUUCGUGUACCUGUCCUGGCGCAGGUACAUCUUCCUUUCAAGAAUCAAGCUGUUCUAUAACUCGAUACGGAUUUCUCUGCAUGGCAACUGGCAAGUUCUUGCUGUUUCCUCCAAAAAGAUUAUAUACUUGUUAUUGUCGAGAUGACGAGAUCGCCGUUUCCUAAUAUGCUCCCUGCCUUAUCCUGGAUCGGCUCUGAUUGAUGCAGCCGAACCGCGGCGAGUGCGUGCGUGCUCGUCAGUCGUCAUGACGCGAUGGCCGGGACGUAAUCAUAUUCUGACCGAUGCGUUUCUUAUAGUUGACUACGCGCGUUAAAUUGUUCCUUUUCGCUUUUGAUUCUCGAUCGAGUAGUUCUAUUCGCAGCCACACCAGAUCGGUUAAUCUUCUCGGCGAGGAAGUGAAACCGUAACCAGAGGCGGCGAGCCAUGGCCGCGGUGCUCGGCGCGUUCGUGCCGGACGCCGCGGUGCGGUGGCGCAGGGUGGUGACGGGGAAGGUGGCGCGGCGGAUGGGCGUCGCGGCGGAGGCCAAGAGACUCGCGGCGAGUCUGGAGAAGGUGGGCGCGGCGGUGGGCGACGCCGAGGCGCGGGCAGCGCGCGGGGAGGAGGCCGCCGCGCGCUGGCUGGCCAAUGUGCGCGCCGUGGCGUACGAGGCGGACGGCGCGCUGGACCGGUGCAAGGUCGCCGCGCGCCGGCGGAAGAGCCGGGAGCAGCAGAACCAGCAGCAGCACCAUCAUCACCAGGCAAGAUCAAAGCACUUGUUCAAUGGUGCUGAGUGUCUGUUGGUUGACGCGGCUCGUUCUCGUCGUCUGCAGGCUCUCCCUAGGCUACUGUCCUCCUGCUGCGACACAGACGAGACCCGCGGCGACAUUGCCGCCGACAUCAAGAAGCUGAACCGGAGGCUGCAGGUCAUCCUGAUGGAGAAGCACCGGCUUCAGCUCCGCUCAUCCCUCGGUGAUCACCACACCACAGUACUGAGGCACCAGAAAUCUCAAGGUACCCGCACUCCAGCUGAUAGCGACACUGUCGGUGCGAGGGUCGAGGAUGACGUUGGCCGGCUCGUACGUCAGCUGACGGAAACGGACGGGCAAUCCGGCUGCGCGAUCGUUGCCAUCGUCGGCCCUGAUGGCAUUGGAAAGACCACGCUCGCGAAGAAGGUGUACGGCUGCGAGAGGAUACGGCGUAGCUUUGGGGCAAGGUCAUGGGUGCGCAUUCCAAGGGAGUACACCGAGGCUGGCCUGCUCUCGCAGGUCAUCGGCUCAUUCGGUGGCGACACGACAGGCGGCGAGAGCGUCGCCGACCUCGAGGGGGCGCUGGCCGGGCUGGUGGCGAAGAAGAUUUUCUUGCUCGUGCUCGACGACGUGUGGUACGGCGGGGUGUGGGAGGACGUGCUGAGGAGCCCGCUCGAGCGCGCUGGACGCGGCAGCAUGGUGCUGGUCACGGCGCGGCACGGCAGCAUUGCUCGGGAGAUGGGCGCCGGCCACGUCCACCGCGUGAAGAAGCUCGGCGCCGAUGACGGCUGGUUGCUGAUCAGCUCGGCGGCGUGUGUGGUCGACGAGACCACGGCCGGCGAACUGAAGGGCGUCGGCGAGAGGAUCGUCGAGAAGUGCGGCGGCGUGCCACUGGCGAUCAAGGCGGUCGCCGGCGUCCUCAGGACACGGGACGCGAGUGCCGACGCGUGGGCGGAGGUGCAAGCGAGCCCGGCGUGGUCGGUGAAGGGGCUCCCGGAAGACGCCAUGAAGCCGCUCUACCUGUGCUACGACGACCUGUCGUGCCACCUCAAGCAAUGCUUCCUAUACUGCUCGCUGUUCCCCUCGGACCUCGCCAUGGACAGGCGCCUGCUCGUGCACCAGUGGAUAGCCGAAGGUUUUGUGCAGAUUAGCGCAGACGCCAGCAUCGAGGAGGUGGCCGAGGCGUACUACGACGAGCUCAUCGGAAGGCACCUUCUCCAACCGGCAGAGGAAGAUGAAAACGGUGGCACCACACGGUGCACCAUGCACGACAUGCUGCGAGCUCUGGCGCAGCUGCUCUCGCAGGGUGAGGACUUGACCGGUGACUCACAUCGACUGUCUGCCGAUGACGAAGCCUCGUUCGCGCCACGGCGUGUCUCGUUCCCGAGAAGAAACCUGACUGCAAUACCAGAGAAGAUUCUGAAGUUAGAGAGGGUAAGAACGCUGCUUCUUCAGAGGAACCCACUGACAAUUGAAGGAAGCAUCUUUACAAGGCUGCAAUAUCUGAAAGUCUUAGACCUCAGUGAAACAGCAGUAGAGCUCAUUCCAGAGAACCUGGGGAAUCUUGUUUACUUGAGGUUCCUGAACCUGUCUCACACAAGGAUUCAGGCAAUUCCAGAGUCCAUCGGCAAUCUGUGGAGCCUGAAAUUCUUGCUGCUAAGAGAGUGCAAGUCACUGCAUAAACUGCCAAAAGGGAUAGAGCAUCUGAGAGGGCUCAGAGACCUUGACCUUACCGGCACGGUGAUCAACGACGCGGCAUUCAGUGUAGGCCAGCUGAGAAGCCUCAGGUCGCUCCGGUGGUUCGCCGUGACGAGCAAAGAGGCACGAGCCACGGAGGAUAGGAGCGGGUGGCCUCUGAAUGAGCUCAAGAACUUGUCUCAGCUGAGAACACUACACAUACAGAAACUUGAGAAGGCCACUGAUCGAUCAGAGGCAACUGAAAUGGCACUUGCAGCCAAGAAAGGCCUCAGGGAGCUCGAACUGUCAUGCAGCGGCGCUGUCGGGCCGAUUCAGACACUGGAGGUGGACAGAAAGAUUGAGGGUAUCUUCGAAGAGAUGAAUCCACCACAAUGUCUGGAGUCACUGAAGAUUGCCAAUUACUUUGGGACAAAGUUCCCUAUAUGGCUGUCAGUGACCUUCCUCCCAAAUCUCAGAGAUCUCGACAUCAUCAAGUGUAACUUCUGCCAGUCCCUUCCUCCAUUAGGCCGGCUGCCAGAGUUGAGAUCUUUGUACAUAGCAGACUGUUCAGCUCUGAGGAAUAUUGGCGUAGAGUUCAUGGGCACAGACCAACACCAUCAGGUGCCAUUUCCAAAGCUUCAAAACCUGCACUUGCAAGGAUUGCAGAAGCUUGAGACAUGGACCGACAUCGAGGCAGGGGCAUUGCCAUCUCUGCAGGCUCUGCAGCUCGAGAGUUGCCCCGAGCUGUGGCUUCUUCCUGCUGGCCUCAGACAUGUGACGUCCCUGACGGAGCUCCGCAUAGUGGAUAUGGCGAGCCUUGAGGCUGUGGAUGACAUUGCUACACUGAGGGAAUUGAGCGUUUGGAACACUCCCAAGUUGAAGAGUAUAGCAAACAUGCCUUCCCUUGAAGACCUCAACAUGUGCCACUGCCCAGAGCUGCAUGCCGUGGAGAAUGUCGACAGGCUCCAAACAGUGCACAUCUUCGAUCAUGAACUGCGGAAAAUGCCAAGAUGGAUUGAGACACAUGCUUCAAGGCUUCGAUCAUUGAAUUUCACAAGCACGGUUGAGCUGCUGAAAAGGUGCUUGGUUGAUGGUCCGGACUGGCCUGUGAUUAAGGACAUCAAGCAAGUCCAUGGGUACUCCACUGGUUCCAGUUACAUAUACUAUUCCAGGAGCCCUUAUAUCUUUGAAAGCAAUGUGAUUACUGAAGAAAAUCUCGAAGUGGAAGAGAAUGCCGCGGAUCCUGAUAAUGUUGAUGAUGUUUCAGUUUCAGCUUCAGGUACUGGUUAUCUAGAAAUCAGCGGCUUCUUUGACUCAAAAGUAGUGACGACAGGAACUACCGGGACUGAAGACAAUGUGUCGGGUAGGAACAAGGAGAGGUCCAUGCCGGGACUCACUUGUCAUUUGCAUAAGCUGGCAGAAGUUGUUCCUGAAGACGACCAGGUUGAGGACGGUGCAGAUUCAGUUGUACUGUUCCCUACUGAUCCAACCAGACCUACAGCAGCUGAGGAGAAAGUUGGUCCUAUUGUCACUGAUGAUCAUACUAAUAAUAAUGACCUUGGUUUAACGUCAAAAGCAACAACUCAUGAAUCUGGAGGAAUCACUAAUGAUGGAACCCAUCAUGAUACCUUUGGUAGGUCGGUUUCCACCAGGCGAAGAAGGUCCAAAACGGGAAAAGAUGUUCCUUCUGAUGCUGGCAUUGAUGAAGAUACUCCUGCGACCAAAUCGGCUGCUUCAAUUGGUCACGACUUGGUCCGAGAAGGGUCCCGAGCAAUCAACACUGCUGAAAUUGAUCAAGACUUGAACUUCAGUACAGUUCGAAGCAAGGAGCAAACAUCCAAGAAAAGAGAAGAUGUUUCUACUGGUGGUAAAAUCGCAAAAGAUAUUAGCCUAGCUCAUUCAAGGCAAGUAACAAACAAGAAAGGAAAAUAUGAUUUUGCUGAUACCAUUACAGAUACUAUCUCUUCAUCGAAUAUGGUCAUUCAGAAACAUAUUAAAAGCCGGAUCGCCACUUCUGCAAAUGGAAGCGCAAAUGCAACUCCAAUGCCAGAAAAUCCAUCAGACAAAGAAGUACCCAAGAAAUCUGCUGACGUCACUGGUAGCAGUUUAAUCCAUGAAGCAUCUUAUACUGUUUCUGUUACUGAAACCACACAAGAUCUGGAUACUAGCUUACUCUUCAGCAAACAACGGUCAUCCAACGAAGGGGGAGAAGUUUUUGAUGCUCUUUCUGCUACUAGUGCUGUUGAUAACGCAGGUGAUCAGAAGGAAGACAGUAACAUCAGUUCGCCAGUCAAGCUAAAUCAUGAAGAAUCCAAAGCAAUCGGUGCUAGUGAAAGUGAUGGUGAUUUGGGGCCUUGCAAAGCGCCCCCCAAUUUAGCCUGCAGCAACCAACAGACGCAGAAGACACUGCAAACUGUUUCUGCGGAUCCAAUUGGUGACACAGACCCAUCCAUCACGAAAAUUCUCGGCCUGUCAAGCAGAAUCUCCAAGAAAGUUACCAGCAAAUGCACGGCUGACUCAGUGAAAGACUCAUCUGCUGAAACAGCCAAGAACAUCGCUCGCUCCGCGUCGAGGCCAAUGCGCACCAUGUCUCAUGCCAUAGAUAUUACUGCAGAAACCGUGAAACCAGAAGUCAGCACGGCAAGCAGAUUCUCAACAAGUGUGGCGAUGAACGGCUGCGGUACCGACGACGACGACGCGCCGUGCUUCAUCGACACCAAGGCCGACGACCCUUACCAGGCGCCGAAGGUGUACACCGCCGUCUGGGCGGACACCGACACGGACACCCUGCGCACUCGGUUCCUCGACUCGAUGCGGCGGUACCGCAGGAUGGCUUCCCGCCGGCGACGGCGCCGCGAGAGGAAGCACGGGUCCGGGAACAGGUGGUGCGUCGGCCCGGCGCUGGUGACCGCCGUCCUCCUGCUCGUCGCGCUGGCGCAGCUGCUAUUCAUCAUCUGGAUGUACCGGAAGCUCCUGAAUCAUACUAGACAAACAAUGAUAUGAUGUGCCUUGAGGCUCCAAAUGCUACUCGUGUGUCCUUGCAAUUGUUUAUCUGGAUUUCCUUUUGGAGAAAUUUCACAUUUGGAUAAUCCUUAUGA